UAUGGAGUGGAGGUGGAGGAGGGAAGUCUUUGGGGGUAGUGGGGGGAGGGGGGAGGAGGGUGUUGCUUUGGAGUUUUCGUUUUCUCCCAGGAUUUCGCUCCCACACACUCAUCUCUUUUCUUUCCGUGACCAGCAGAGGUGGAGAAUCCCAAUCCCACUCAGCCAGACUGAGGCAGGAGAAUUUGGAAGCCCUCCCCCCAAAAAACAAAGCUAAGGAAGUUUGCAGAAACGGCAGCGGCGGCAGCAGUAGCUGGAAGGGCUAAAGCCUGCAGCCACUUCUUUCACUGCCCGGGCUGCCUGUCCUGGAGCCGGCGCCUGGAAGGACAUCCCUGCUCGCCUUGACUUUGUUGGGCUUCGUGAAUCUCAUGCCUGAAACGGGGACUUGGGCAGCUGCUAGUGCCCAGAAAACCAGCCCGGCGCGGACCUCCAGGGUGAAAAAAGUGACUGCAAGAGAUUAAUAUUGCAAGAGACAGAACUUUUACUUGAUUUUAAGAUGGAAACCUUUUAUCUCACGGCCUCCUUUUGGCUCCUGUUGGCUGGAUGUGUGGUCAGUGACAAUCCUGAAAGUUAUCACACAAAUCUGAGCGAUCCUGUAGAUGACUUGACCACAUUUCGUGGGACAGAACCCAGCCUCCCCUUCACUACCCACCGCCCCACUUCUUUGGUCCUGCCAAGCAAUGGCUCAAUGCGUAACUAUUGCCCUCAGCAGACUAAAAUCACUUCAGUCUUCAAGUACAUCAACACUGUGAUAUCUUGUGCUAUUUUCAUCGUUGGAAUGGUGGGGAAUGCAACUCUGCUCAGGAUCAUUUACCAGAACAAAUGCAUGAGGAAUGGCCCUAAUGCACUGAUAGCCAGCCUGGCCCUGGGAGACCUAAUCUAUAUUGUCAUUGAUAUCCCUAUCAAUGUAUUUAAGCUCCUAGCUCAGCGUUGGCCUUUCGAGCAGAAUGAGUUCGGAGUCUUUCUCUGCAAGCUGUUUCCUUUCUUGCAGAAGGCUUCAGUCGGGAUCACGGUCCUCAAUCUCUGUGCUCUCAGUGUGGACAGGUACAGGGCAGUUGCCUCCUGGAGUCGAGUUCAGGGAAUUGGGAUUCCCUUGAUCACUGCAAUUGAAAUUGUGUCCAUCUGGAUUCUAUCCUUCAUCUUGGCUAUUCCCGAAGCCAUUGGCUUUGUCAUGGUGCCCUUUGAGUAUAAGGGUAAAGAACACAAAACCUGCAUGCUCAACCCCACAAACAAGUUCAUGGAGUUUUACCGAGAUGCGAAAGACUGGUGGCUCUUCGGUUUCUAUUUCUGUGUACCGUUAGCAUGCACUGCCAUCUUUUAUACUCUAAUGACUUGUGAGAUGCUCAACAGAAGAAAUGGCAGUUUGAGAAUUGCACUCAGUGAGCACCUUAAGCAGCGCCGGGAAGUGGCAAAAACAGUCUUCUGUUUGGUUGUGAUUUUUGCCCUAUGCUGGUUUCCUCUUCACCUGAGUCGAAUCUUGAAGAAGACUGUGUACAAUGAGAGGGAUUUGAAUCGCUGUGAAUUGCUUAGUUUCUUAUUGCUUAUGGAUUACAUCAGCAUUAACCUGGCAACUAUGAAUUCAUGUAUAAACCCGAUAGCACUCUAUUUUGUCAGCAAAAAGUUUAAAAAUUGUUUCCAGUCAUGCCUCUGCUGUUGCUGCUACCAGUCCAAAAGCCUCAUGACCUCAGUGCCCAUGAAUGGAACAAGCAUCCAGUGGAAAACCCACGAACAAAACCAUCACAACACAGACAGGAGCAGCCACAAGGACAGCAUAAACUGAAGAUGCCCAGAACACCAGCAACGCCUCAAGCCUUAUGGAUAAAGAAAGCCUGACCCUGGCGGAUGUUUUGCCAGAAAGUUUACCAGUUUUCUCUUCCUUCCCUGCCCCAGCCCCUGAAAAAUGCACUUGGGAAUUGCCGUCAGAUUAACCUGGUUAUGUCUUUUAAGUCCUGUGAAGUUGACUGCUUUCAGCAGACUUGACGUUUUUCAAAGAUGACACUCAGCGGUGUUGGAGGAACCUGGAAAGAACUCUCUCAGAGUUCUUAGCCCUGGGGACAUAGCUUUUGCCUUUGCAGGAAGUGAGAGUCUUCCUCAUAUGUGACUGGUAUACAGUGGCCCUUCUGGCGGAGGUCUGCUAAGACGUGGCACCAUGAAAUGUUGCUGAGGCCACAGAAAGGACUGUGGGCAGUAUAGUGCAUCUCCAUCCUCUUGAGUGUUGACAUUUGUUUUUCCUAUAUAAUACAGUAUGGGUUUAAACCACCUUUGUUUUAAAUGUCAGUCCACAUCAGUAUUCUAUUUUUUUUCAUUACAUAUCUUAAUAGCAUAGUCACAAUCAUUUGCUCUUGUCCUACACACAUUUUUCAAAGAAAGCAGUAGAUUUAGCAAGCAGUCAGGAGGUAAAGCUUCUUUCUCCAAGCAAUGAUAAAUCCAUAAAAAUGUACGACUUAAAAGCAGCUUAAAUUUAGGUACUUAAAAUUCAAACUGAAAGCACCAGAAGGUACAAUGAUGUACUAUUAAUAAUAAUAGACAUUUACUCAGUGCUUUGAAUUUGCAAAGUGCUUUAUGAAUGUUAUUGCCUCCAGAAUAGCCCUAGGAGGGUAGGUACUACAGAUAGAACUGUCCUCAUUUUAUAGAUGAGGAAACUGAGAUUCAGAGAAGUGACACCCAGGAUCACAGAACUAGGAAAUAUCAGAGGCAGACUUUGAUCCUAGGUCUGUCUGCCUCUCAGUCUAGUGUUCUAUCAGGCUGCAUCUCUAAGUAUUAGUCUAAAAACUUUUAAGGAAAUCUUAUGGGGGAAUUUUUAAUGAUCCUUGCUUAAAGGAAACACUGAAACACAUGAUAAAUUCCCAAAUCACAUUUGCAUUCCAUAGGCAUCUACUAAAUGCUGGAGUUACCUUUAAAUUCAGCAGUCAUUUUCCAUAAGCCUAUUCUUUUCUUCAGGGGUAUCUAUGUCUCCUACAAAAUGAAGAAAGGGUUCAAAGAACUAAAAGCACUUAAAAUACUUCUGAAACUUUCAGUGACUGUCACUGACAAAAGGAAAUGCAGAGAGAGUUCAAAGUCUAAGCAAAGCAUCCCAUUUUUAUUGGAGUUUUUUUUCCAUUUUAAAGCCUAGUAGUCCAAAUUUUAGCAAUUCUUCUCUUGCUACAUCUGAAUGUAUGCUUUCACUUGCAGUGAUUCUCAAAAAUGGCUACAUGAUGGCACCAAUUCUUAGCCACUAAGUGUUUGAUGUCCAUCAUAAGACAUGGCAGCCUGCUGUGUCUCAGUGCCUUUUCUCUGUUUCAGAAAACUACUAGGAGAUUCAUAGGGUUUGCCAUGCCAGGUGGAAAUGUAACCAUCCCAAAUGUCCAAAGCACACUAGCCUGCUCUGCUCACAAGGUCACCAUUUCAAAGUGCCUCCAAAGACUUAUGCUGGCAGCUCCCCACUUGUUUACAGUCUGUGCACAGCAGAAAGUUUUCGAAUGUACACAGAAACACCAUUUGUAAAUUUCUUUGCAGAACCUUUUCAGAUGAAAUGUCUGUGGUGUGUCUUUCUGUAGGAACACGUGUGUGCAUAGAAUUUAUGCAGUUGCUUAGUGAUCUAUUAAGGACCGAAACAUAACUUCUUAGCAUUGUUCAAGAGUAGCUGACCCUGGACAGAAUGUCAGGAGGCAUUAGUCCAAUCAGUUCUACAUCAGAAGCCUUUUUGUUCCCAAAGCUAGUGACCAUAUUUGUCAUCCCAAAGGGGAGGCCUGAUACACUAAACAAAUGGCCAGCUAGGAUCUUUGAGACCAAUGCAACAAAAUGAUUUUUCCAACAUUUUUUGAUGAAGUAGCAUAUUGGGUUUUGUUACCUCCUGUGCCACAGCUAUGGGAAUGUAAUAACUCCUUACUGUCACCCCCUUUCUAUCCAAUGUAGAGAGGCAGCUAAGUAUAAUGAAUAAAGGGCAAACCUUGAGGUCAAGAAGACUUGAGUUCAAGUCCUGUCUCUAGCAUAUGAUAGCUGUGUGACCAUGGAAAAGUCACUUAUCCUCUCAGAGCCCAGGAAUUUCUCUAUAACUAUAUUUACAGACUAAAUGACACAAUUUGCAACAGUGGAGGGAGUUUCCAUACAGAGACAUCCUUGUCCUGACAAGGUCACAGAUCUGAAUGAGAAAAUAAAAAUGGACAAUUCAUCGUGAAGAUGCAGUGCCAGGAAUCCUGCUUUGCUGACUCGGAGCUAAGCUCAUUUAUGGUGCUGUAUUCAGAUACAAUCCCAGACACCACCUACCUAAAAACUUAUCCUAGGUGUCUGCCGUUGAAACUGAGAGGCUAGGAAACUGCUUAUUCAAGUGUUAUCCUAUCACAUUCCCUUCAUGUAUUGAUACAGCACAUGAAACAACAUAUGCCUAUAACAUAAGCUAUAGUAUUACAAGUUUUGUUUAGACAAUCAUAAUUGUAAAAAAAUACAUGUUUCUUGCAUACAGAUGAAAUGUAUUUUACAAAUCCAGAACAUCGUACAUUUCUGGCAUUGAAUAGUAACUGCAUGAGCUUUAUUAUGUGUGUUGUUGAUAAGCUUAGUAAGAUGUAAUUAUGCUUUCAAGGGGGCUAAUCUCCACCAUAUUUAUCAUGUCUGUACAGCAAGGUGACUCCCUAUAGAAAUGAGCCAGAAGCCAAAGUCCCAUAAUGGAAAUGGCCCAGAAAUGUAAAAUAAAGCAGAUAUUUCUACAAGUA